AUGCAGAGGUUCAAGCAUUCAGUACCAUCUAUUGGUCCAGAACCAGUUGACCGAGCUUUUGCUUCAAAGAAGCUGAAGAAUACGUUCAGCUCCUUAAGGAAUACUUGGGGCAUAUUUGCUUGGAGUUAUACCGAGCUGCCUGGGCUCGGGAUAGAAACAGCGCUUA